CUGCUGGCUGGGGGAGAAGGGGGAACGGUUUAAUGUUUUCCGCUGAUGUUUGCAUCAGUCGUGAAGAUGAAGCGUAUAUAUUUGGAGAGGUGAUGGUCACAGUCAAGGGACAAAGUUCUCAGUACUUAUUGCGACACGCCGCACUGCAGACACAGAAAGUCAUCAUGGAAGCUGCUAUCUCAACCCUUGUCACCCAGUUCAAGACAUAUGCUGGGAAAGACGGAUCCUCCAGCACCCUGAGUAAGGAUGAGUUCCAACACCUGGUGGCUUCUCAGCUGCCCAACUAUGUCAAGAAUGCCAGUGAUCCCGCAGUCAUCGACCAGCUCAUGGGCUCACUGGAUGAAAACAACGAUGGGGAGCUGACUUUCUCCGAGUUCUGGCAGCUGAUCGGAAAACUGGCGAGCAAGCAGGGAGGCUUCAGUCAGUAGAGCUCGUCGCUUUCUGUCAAUCGAGACUGAAAGUGAGCUGAUUGUGCAACGCCAAUCGUCUCAGUUUAUGCUUUUGAGUUCAAGACCGUUUGAAUUCUUUUGUCACCCUGCUGGUGCCACUCUUCAGUUAACCAUUUGUUGAAUACAGGAAACUAUGAAUUAAAGGCUUGAUUGUCUUAAACCACCAACAACAACUA